UUACAAUCGAUAUACGCAAUCGGUAACACGUUUAACACGCAAAGCGAAAAACAUUUUGUUCAUUUCAUUUCAAACAAAAAACAUAAAAUCAGCUUAUUUUGCGUGAAUAACAAUCAAACCAUGUCAACUGUAAGCGCCGCCAGCGGCAGCAAUGCCUCCAGUCCACCGGAAAGCGAUGUAACCGUCCGACCGGAGCCAAUUUUCCGGGAGAUCAACGCGGAACAGGCGGAGGAGGUCGUCGAAAUCGAAUCCGCAUGCAUGAACUGCUUUGAAACGGGCGUUACCCGGCUGCUACCCACCAAGAUACCCUUCUUCCGGGAGGUAGUACUGAUGUCGUUUAAAUGCGACCAUUGUGGGCACGUCAACAACGAGAUGCAGUCCGCCUCCGAGAUUCAAAAGUCCGGCAUCCGCAUCGAACUGCAUGUUCAAUCGGUGGCCGAUCUCAAUCGGCGAGUAGUGCGAUCGGAUAACUCCAGUGUUACCAUACCGGAAGUCGAGCUGGAGAUCCCAGUGCAGUCGCAGAAGGGUGAGGUUACUACCGUUGAGGGCAUCAUUGAGAGAACGAUAGCCGGCUUGUCCCAGGAUCAGGAUAAGCGGCGCAUCGAUCAUCCGGAGGCUGCAGCCUCUAUUGACGCUUACAUAGAGCGAUUACACCGCUUGAAGGAGGUGAAUACACCCUUUCGUCUGCUCCUCGAGGACAUCUCCGGUAAUAGUUUUGUCGAGAAUCCUCUGGCACCCGCCGCUGAUCCGCAAUUGAAGACAUCGCACUUCACACGAAACCAGCAGCAAAACGAGCAAUUAGGCCUUUACGAGCAGAACCACGAGGAACAGCACUUAUUAAAGCCUAUUGCCGAGGACGCGUGGCCAAUAGAGAAUCUGCAUGGCGAGGUGCUACAGUUCCCGACCAAUUGUCCUAAUUGCCAAGCUCCCUGUGAGACCAACAUGAAACUCACAAACAUCCCGCAUUUUAAGGAGGUGGUUAUUAUGGCCACCGUCUGCGGCUCUUGUGGCCACAAGACAAACGAGGUGAAAUCAGGCGGCGGUGUGGAAGCUCAGGGUGUUCGCUUCCGAGUGCAGAUUGCUAGCAAAGAGGAUCUGACGCGCGAUGUGCUAAAGUCCGAGACGUGCAGCUUGUCCAUACCUGAACUGGACUUGGAGGUCGGUCCGCAUGCUCUGUGCGGUCGCUUCACCACCGUUGAGGGUCUGCUGUUGGCCAUGCGAGAUCAGUUGGAUGGCACCUUCUUCCAUGACUCCGCGGACGAGACGACCAAACAGCAGAUGCAACGUUUCCUCGACACCUUCGACGACGUGAUGAACCUAAAACGAAUAAUAACGCUGGUGCUAGAGGAUCCGGCCGGCAACACCUACGUGCAAUCGCUUAGCGACGACGAUGCUGAGCCGGACGAGAAAUUGGUUGUAGAGCGGUACGAUCGCUCCUUCGAAGACAACGAGGAGCUGGGACUGAAUGAUAUGAAGACGGAGGGCUACGAGCAGGAGGCGUGAUAACUGCCGGGCAACUUGAACUCUGCAUUUACCGUCAGCAUAAGUCACUUAGUAGUUACAUACGUAUAGGCAAUUACAAAUCUAAUCAGUUUUUUUAUAUUGGCCAUUAUUUUGCGUUAUCAAUAAAGACAAGUUUAAAAUUAA